AUGGAUUUUGUAUAUGCUCCACCACCACCACCACCACCACCCACUAGGAAGUCUGGCUCAAAUAACAGCAAUACCUUUAAUAACCGAGGAAACCUAGAUAAAAGGAAUUCAAACGUUAAUAAUCGGUUCAAUAAUGAUGCUACGGGUGAAGGCAAGUCAAACACAGUACUGCAAGAUCUGAAUGAUUUGAGGGAUUUACCAACGUAUUUACCGAAUAGUUCAAGUCAUUCAAACGAAUUAGAGAACAAUGAAGAUAGUGAAAAUGAAGAAACCGAUAUAAUGCACGAUGAGAUAGAGGGCCAAAAUAAUUCGAAUGAGCCUGUAUUUAUACCUGGGACGAAUAUAACUCUAAAUACAGAAGAGGAUAUUAAAAAAUGGAUAGAGGAAAGGAAAAAAAAGUGGCCAUCGAGACGCAAUAUAGAAGAAAAGGAGAAAUUACGUCAGGAACAAGGUAUUACGUCCUCUAAUUCAAAGAAAAGAAAUAAUGAAUCAAGUGCUUCACAGAAUACCAAGAAACCUAAGAACAUAUGUAAGUUCUACCAAAAUAAUAAAAGAUGCAAAUUUGGGAAUAAAUGUAAAAAUGUUCAUGAGACUACAACGUCUGGUGGAGGAAAACCCGGUCAAAAUACUAAAACCAUUAACAAUAUACUGGUAGUGAUACCCCAAAGAUUUAAGAAUGAGCUGUACGUAAACGAGAAAGAUACAAAUGCACAUCCAUUACUUUUCAAAAUGCUUGUGCAAAAGGAACAUUUUGAAAAUGAAAAUAGUAAAGUUUUGGAGUUCUUAGAAUUUCUUAAUGAAAAAGGUCUAAUGGACCAUGACGUGACAAUUUGA